ACUGACCGUGAGAAAAACAGGAGUUUACAGGAGAGGGAGAAUUAAGUGAUUCUCAGUCUUUUGUUAAGAUUGGUAGAAUGCAAACGUGAUAUUUAACAUUUAGUAUACAAACACUGAUAUGUCAGUCGGUUAUAGGGUGAUCAGAAGAUUCCAAAGGUAAAUGUUGAUCGUGCAAUGGAAACUAAUCGAAGGAUCACGCGCUCAGGGGUAUUGCUCAGGGUACUGAUACUGGCUGCUUUCACUGUUACCAUCACAGCUCAAAAACCUGCCCCAGAGGUCUUCACCUUGACGGUUCCUAAUGGUCCCAUUUUGACCCGGUUGAACGCCUCUGUCACUCUACCUUGUGAACUCUCACCUAUCUUCAAUGUUGAGCCAUUGGAGGUGCGCUGGUACCGGUCCGAGAACUCCAACAGACCUGCCUUGUUGUACAAAGAUCACAAGAUCCAGGAGGCCCCUGUGGACCCUCGGUACAGGGGCAGGGUUUCUCUAACUGGGGGGCUGGAGAGAGGGAACGUGUCUCUGACACUGGAGAGGGUGACGGUGGAAGACAGGGGGGAGUAUGUGUGCCAUGUCAGCAAUGAAAGGUGGUAUGAAAAGGCCAAUGUGUAUCUCUCAAUGAAUGUGACAGGCAGCGCACCAGUUCUCUCUGUGGCCAGUGGAGGAGGAGGUCAGGUGAACGUUACCUGUUCAUCAGAGGGCUGGUCACCACAACCUAAACUCACCUGGAGAAACAAAGAGGAGACCGAGAUAAAAAAUGAACAAGUACUCUUCACCUCAGAUUCUCAGGGCUUGUUGAGUGUCAGUAGUUGGCUGCUGUACCCUCCCUCAGACUCAGAUUGGCUCUCCUGUACAAUCUCUCUGUCUGAGGAAGAGAAGAGAGAGAGUAGAGUCCUUCCUCACAAACCUGGAGCCUGGAAAGAAGCUUUCAUUGUGACUUUGGUCCUGUCUCUGCUCCUUCUCAGUGCUCUGUCAACUGUGGUCUGCAUUCUGCUCAAACAUAGAGAUCAAAUGAAGCGUGAACAGAGUAAAUCAGAAACAAAAAAACUGUUUAAAGGGACAGAAAACAGUCUGGAGAAACAACCCGUCAAAGAAGGAAAGAAUCUACAAGAUUGGCAUCAGGUGAAAGGAUUCAAAGAGAACAUUACUAUGGAUGAAAACACUGCUCAUGGUACAAUUAGAGUGACUCAAGACGGAAAGACAGCUCAGUACAUCAAAGAAAAAGAAACUAUGAAAUCUUCCGAUCAAAGGCAUCCUCAUGUAUUGGCUAAUCAGAGUUUCAGAUCAGAACAACACUACUGGGAAGUUAAGGUGAGGGAUGAAACCGUGGAUAAAGCUGUGGGUGACUGUGGUUAACUGUCAUGGUAUGUUGGUGUGGCCAGAGAUAAUGCUAAGAGAACAUCUACAGUCGCUGUAACACCUCUUCAUGGAUUCUGGACUCUCUUUUAUGAAGAAGGAAAGGGUUUCCAUGUCAAUACUGACCCUCCAACCUCAGUACAUGUGAGCGAAGAUCUCUCUAUGGUAGGAAUGUUUCUAGACUGUGACAAUCAAUCUCUGUCUUUUUAUAAUGUUGAUACAGAGUCACAUAUCUACACUUUUUGGAAUGUGGUGACAUCACACAAGUUUACUCCUUUGUUCAGCCCUGGACAACAUGACCCACACCCAAUAACAAUAUUGAAUGAAAACUAAGAGAUGAGGGUUAAAACAUGUCACAUGAGACAUGUCCAACAAUACUGCUCUUCAAUAGAACAGACAUGUUGAAGACAGGAACACGUGGUCAGAGAUAUAAUUGUAUACCUGAGUGUUAUUUAGUGAUGCUCAGGUGUAUAUGGUUUGUCGUCUGAGGCACAAGGGUAAUCAAAACAACUACAAUUGUUCAACUUGUUGCUACUUGUAGUGAGAUUAUUGAUGUACACUGUAAUUCAACUGUAAUAAAAGCUAGCAGUAUCAUAUAUUCUUUAAUUCUGUUGAAAGCUUUUUAGAUAACGAUGUUAAAAAUGUAAUAUGCUUAAAUAAAUUAAUAUCAAGAGUACAAGACUGA